UGUCUAUGGUAAUGAGCUGUCCAGCACUUCAGCAGCGACAAGGGCUUUUCUGGAGCUUUGGAGGAGACGGAUCCAGUUAGAUGCGCACUGACUUCCAUAGUUUGCCAUCACCGAAGCGCUGAGCUGCACCUGACAGCCAAGACUCCCCAUAGCAGCGCAGCCGGCAACCCCAUAGCUGACAAUAACAGCGCCGAGCAUCCUGAGGCUGCAGCCUGGGCACGGGAUCCUGCUCCGAGAAUGUCAGAACGAUAAAGGCAAAUCGCAAUUCUAACAAGAAACACUUCACACGGAGAUUGACCAAGAUAAAUACAGAACCAGCUCAGAAGAGUACAGAAAAAUCAAUAGAUUGGACUCUUCCCAUUUGUGGAGAUGCCGGGCAGGUGUAAUUAAUCUCCAAACAUCACAUUAGACAUGUCUGAAGUGCUCAGGAUGUGCAAAGGCGGCUCCAGAGGAACUGGAUGCUGAAGUAGUCAAGGAGAGGUCACUGUUGACAUUUUGGGUAUUCUAUGAGGAAUCCAUCACAUGGCAUGAACUGACUUGUGAAAUUUAGUCUCAAUAUUCUUCAUCUACCAGUAUUGACAGGAAGAAUAAGAGCUGAAAGGAGGCAUUGCAAUGUCGGUCUGCAGCAAUGGUGCCAGGAUUCCAUCUCCACAAGAAGCCGCCAAUGGUUUUACCCAGCCCAGUGCCUCGGGCACCUGGCAUAAACCAGAAGAAGAAGCAAGAGCUGCAGAACCCAAUCUCGCUAAGAAGGCCCACAGAGAAAUUUUAGACCAUGAGCGGAAAAGAAGAGUAGAACUAAAGUGCAUGGAGCUGCAGGAGAUGAUGGAAGAACAGGGAUAUUCAGAGGAGGAAAUUAGCCAGAAAGUAGGUACUUUUAGGCAAAUGCUCAUGGAAAAAGAAGGCGUACUGACAAGAGAAGAUCAACAUGGUCGUCAGAUAAUAAUUGAAAACCAUUAUGUGGUUCCUGGUGAAGAAAGUGUUACAGAGUAUUCGAUGUAUGGGGAAGGCUAUACCCUGGAAUGUGAUUGUCACAGUGAUUGGUAUCGAGAUGACAGUGGCCAGAGGGACUACAGGGCACACAGAAGACUGAGCAGUUCAGGGUCACCUCCCCCAAAGAAAAGAAAGAAGAAGAAAUCCGGACAUAAAAGAAGCCGAUGUGAUAGUUCAUCACCAGUGCGGAAAGAAAAGAAGAAGAAAAGUGGCAAAAAACACAAAAGGGACAGAUCUAGAAGCCUAAAGAACAAAAGGAAAGAUAAAUCUAAAGACAGAAAGAGAUCACAUAGUGGAUCAACUGUCCGUAGAACCCACAGACAUAGUAGUUGCAGUUCUCACAGUGCUUCUCCUUCCUCUGACUACAGCACCUCCAAGUCACCAUGCAGACAAAGCCCCAAACAUAGGCAGGAUGACCAGAAACCCUCUAGCCACAGAUCUAGCCGCAGCCUUUCUUCUUCCUGCACUGCUCACAGUCGAUCUGCCACACCUCACCAGAAUGGGCACAAGAGUGGCAGUCACAAUGGUCACCACAAUCAAGGACAUGGUGUCAUUCCAGAAAAACAUUUGGAUCGGUUGAAUUCAGUAUCUCCAUCUCCAAAGACAAAUUCAAAAGUAGAGACAUCACCUAACCGCCAUAAGGCUAAUAACCGUAAUGAUGUUAGGAGUCCGAGGUCAAUUUCAUCAAGUAAAGGGGGCCGAUGUUCGUCAGAUGAGAAAAGAAGGCGCCACUCCAGGUCACCAUCAUCAGAGAGACACCAUAGACGAUCCAGAGGACGAACCAGAAUGCACAAGGAGUCUUCGGUGAACUCAGGAAGUCAUACAGGCUAUAGCAGUGAUUCUGAAGGAUCUGUGUUUUCACAUACAACUGGAGCAGAAAAGUCCCAUGGUGCUUCAACCAAAAAGCCAGUGGUCAAGCAUCGUCGCAGUAAACAAAAUAAUUGUUCAGAGUCUUCAGUGAAGCGUACUCGACAAAACUCUGAUAGGAAGAAGAGUCCAGCACGCAGCACUGGCAACAGAGGUAGCUCUUGGAGUUCCAGUUGUUCACCUUCACGUUCAAGGUCACGAGACAAGAGAUCAGCAAGAAGCAGAUCUCGCUCUAGUUCUCCAAAGAAGAAUUUAAACAGGGAAAAAGACAAUGAAACUCGACAGCGACAUAAUGACACAGAAGCAACGAGACCUAGACGACGCUCUAGAAGUUACUCCCCUAUUCGGAAGAGGAGAAGGGAUUCACCAAGUUUCAUGGAGCCAAGACGAAUUACAAGUGCCCGGAAGCGUCCUAUUCCGUACUACAGACCAAGCCCAUCCUCCAGCUCACUGAGUAGCUACUCUCACAGUCGUAGCCGAAGUAGGAGCUAUGACAGCUAUAGCAGCUACAGCCGUAGCCGGACUCGGAGCCGUUCUCCCAGCCAUAGUAGAAGCCCUAGUUACAGGAGCAGCUCGGAGAGUGCUGGAUUUUAAGCCUCUGUGCAUCAAAUCAACCGUCUACUAAUCACAUUUGCUUCCUAAAGUAGCUUGUGUGUUAGCCCAAUAAAACUCACAGGGUUGGAAUGUGAAACAGAAUAAUACAUGUAUAUAUAUUUAUAUAUAAUGAAUAUUCACUGUCUUUCACAUCCCACAACUUCAUAACAAGGUAAAUCUGUACUAGGAAACAUCUUACAAUGCAAAGAAAUCAUAAAUAGAUCGUUUUUGUUCUCCAUUCUGUUUACAUUUUGAGUUUCCCCAUGUGUUCUAUGAACAGAACGCUUAAUGCUGCAAAGCACAGAAGUCACAGCCUCUUCAUCCCUUCAAAGAAUGGUGCACACUGUAAACAGACUGUUGUAGUAAGGAUGUGGUUGUCAGUAUUCUAAAAACAGCAAUUUUGGACUUAUAAUAAUACAUCUAUACUUCGUUAUCACACCCAUGGAAUAUGUUCAGAAGGUAUUGAUAGACAUGAUACACAAAAGUGUGUAAUUCAGUUCAUGAACUUUGAUACCUAUUAUACUACUAUAUGUCUGUUCUCAGGUGCAUUUUUUUUAAGGUUCUCACAUGGCUACAUAGUUGGCACAAUCCUUAUUUAAAGCUUUCUGUCAUUCCUGGAUUUCCUGAAAAUGUCCACGGGGUGUUUAUUAGCAUGAUCUUUAAAACUGUAGAAAUGAUUUAUGGGAACUGGACAUAAAAGAACACUAAUAAGAAAUAAAACAACUAGCUAAAGGUAUUUAGUACUGCUUACUAUGCAUAGUUAGUGUAUAUGCCUAUUUAGUGCAUUUACCCUGCAUUUGGGUUUGGAAAUGGAAUUGAAAGUAGUCAUCCAUAACUCAACAGCAAAAUAAUACAAUAUAAAUAUAUAACAAUAUGCUAAUAAAAACCCUAUUUAAAAAUAUAGCUCACCUUUCAUUCACAUGGGUUCAGUUUGCUACUCUACCCUGUAGCUAAAUACUGUGGUCAAUGUAGUGUGUGGUUGCUGCCAUUUUUGGCACCUAGAACCACUGAUAUAUGUUCUGCCAACCCUCUUAGCUACACUUACUGGCACUCAUUCUGAAUUUCUCUGGCAAUAUAUAUAUAUAUAUAUAUAGUGGGGCAAAAAAGUAUUUAGUCAGCCACCAAUUGUGCAAGUUUUCCCACUUAAAAAGAUGAGAGGCCUGUAAUUUUCAUCAUAGGUAUACCUCAACUAUGAGAGACAUAAUGAGAAAAAAAAAUCCAUAAAAUCACAUUGUCUGAUUUUUAGGGAAUUUAUUUGCAAAUUAUGGUGAAAAAUAAGUAUUUGGUUAAUAACAAAAGUUCAUCUCAAUACUUUGUAAUAUACCCUUUGUUGGCAAUGACAAAGAUCAAACGUUUUCUGUAAGUUUUCACACAAGGUUGCUGGUAUUUUGGCCCAUUCCUCUACAGCAGUGAUGUUUUGGGGCUGUCUCUGGGCGUCUCUUCUAUGGUGUUGAGAUCUGGAGCCUGGCUAGGCCACUCCAGGACCUUGUAAUACUUCUUACGAAGCCACUCUUUCAUGGCUUGGACAGUGUGUUUGGGAUCAUUGUCAUACUGAAUAAUCCAGUCACGUUCCAUUUUCAAUACCUUUGCUGAUGGAAAGAGGUUUUCACUCAAAAUCUCAUGUUACAUGGCCCCAUUCAUUCUUUCCUUUCAACAGAUCAGUCGUCCUGGUCCCUUAGCAGAAAACCAGCCCCAAAGCAUGAUGUUUCCACCCCCAUGAAUCACAGUAGGCAUGGUUUUCUUUGGAUACAACUCAGCAUUCUUUCUCCUCCAAACACAAAGUUGAGUUUUUACCAAAAAGUUCUACUUUGGUUUCAUCUGACCAUAUGACAUUCUCCCAAUACUCUUCUGGAUCAUCCAAAUGCUCUCUAGUAAACUUCAGAUGGGCCCAGACAUGUACUCGCUUCAGCAGGGGGACAUGUCUGGCAUUGCAUGAUUUGAGUCCAUGGUGGCAUAGUGUGUUACUGAUGAUUGCCAUUGUUACUUUGGUCCCAGCUCUCUGCAGGUCAUUCGCUAGGUCGCCCCGUGUGGUUCUGGGAUCUUUGCUCACCGUUCUUGUGAACAUUUGACACCACAGGGUGAGAUUUUGUGUGGAGCCCCAGAUAGAGGGAGAUUAUCAGUGGUCUUGUAUGUCUUCCAUUUUCUAAUAAUUGCUCCCACAGUUGAUUUUUUCACUCCAAGCUGCUGCCUAUUGCAGAUUUAGUCUUCCCAGCCCGGUGCAGGUCUGCAAUUUUGUUUCUGGUGUCCUUCGACAGCUCUUUGGUCUUGGCCAUAGUGGAGUUUUGAGUGUGACUGUUUGAGGUUGUUGACAGGUGUCUUUUAAACUGAUAACAAGUUCAAACAGGUGCCAUUAAUACAUGUAACAAGUGGCGGACAGAGGAGACUCUUAAAGAAGAAGUUACAGGUCUGUGAGAGCCAGAAAUCUUGCUUGUUUGAUGGUGACCAAAUUCUUAUUUUCCACCAUAAUUUGCAAAUAAAUUCUUUAAAAAUCAGACAAUGUGAUUUUAUGGAUUUUUUUUCUCAUUAUGUCUCUCAUAGUUGAGGUAUACCUAAAAUUACAGGCCUCUCUCAUCUUUUUAAGUGGGAGAACUUGCACCACAAUUGGUGGCUGACUAAAUACUUCUUUCCCCACUGUGUAUAUAUAUAUAUAUAUAUAUAUAUAUAUAUAUAUUCCUUUUUUUUUUACAAUUAUUUGUUAAGAAGAUGACUAUUGUAUGCAAGUUCACUCUAUACAUCAGCACAGAUCUUUGAUUUUCUACUAUGAUUUUUGGAAAGUAUUCUAAGAAUUACUUCUGCUGUCACCACCAAAAAGACAUUCCACACUAAAUAAUAUAACCUUUGGAGCUAUAGACGCACUUUUAUCUUCCUGAAGAACACUUAUUAACUUAUUUAUUUAUUAAUGUAUUUAUUUGUUUAUUUAUUAUGAUUUAAUUAUUUGUUGUUUUCUCAUUUGAGGCUUUAACAGAAAUAUUUUGCAAGAACAAGACAAUCUGGAAACAUGGUAUACAGAGAUUUAUUAAGGAAAAGUUGUGUGCAAUUCUUCUGUUAAGUAUUCACAUUAAUUUUAAUAAUUGAAAGCCGUAAUGAACAAAUACACUUUUGGGUACAUAGUACUUCCAUUCACAAUUGUGGAUAGGUCACUAAUGCUGCUUAGAUUUAAUAAUAUGCACAGUUAAGUCCAUGUACACAAGAGCCUCAGAAGUGUGAUGGCUGCAAGAUAAGUCAAAAUAUAAUCCUAUUUUAAAGUGACACACCACAGGAAACCUGACGCAAUAAGGCUUGGGCUCAAUGAUGAUAUUUGGUCACUUUCAGUAAAGUUGCAUUACUCAGCAUGGACUAAAUAUUUUCUGAGCGGGAAAAAUGUUAAGUAUUCUGACAUGCUUGCAAUUUCCUACAACUUCUCCACUUAUAGGGAUAUACUGAAGUGGUAAUGCUGGGUUUUUGCUGUGGAGCCCUAGCCUUAAGUGUUUUUUAGUGCUGCAUUCUUCACGAUAAACUGCACUGCAGCAAAUACUUUUUUUUUUUUUUUUUUUAAAUAACUUUGUCAAAUGCUUUAUGUUUACUUGUAUUAGAAUAAUAUAUACGGUAUGUUGUAUAGUUUCUCUAAGAUUAUACAGAAUCAUUGUUUAAAUUGUGUUCUGACUGUUCAUCAUGACAACCUUUACUUUGUAUAUUUCUAAAUGAUUUCACAAAAUAACAAGAGAAAUGUCCUUACAAUUAAGUCCAGCUUACAUGGUUCCAGUUACUGUCCAUUGAAAAGCAUAGAACGCCCUGUCGACCUGACCUUUUUAAGACAUGUCCUACUGGCAUGUUGACAUACAUUUUCUUUGCUAUUUCAUUAUCUUGGUACAUCAUUUAACAUUGAUGACAACUAUUAUGUAUGCAAAAUACUGACUGCUUCACCAAAAUGUCACCAAUGGCUAGGAACAACCAUUUUAAUCCCUCUUGAUUUGUAAAUUUUGCAUUUGUAUUGCAUUGUUAAUGCCGUUAUCCACCUACAACAAAUGAACAUCAAUUGUUAUUUCUUAUGAAGAUGUAUAGUUUCAAUUAUUUGGAGUUUAUCUACUUACCUUGUAUUUGGUAACUGUCAUAAAGUCCCAAACGAUUUGAAUGUGAUGUGAUAUUGGCAUUUUCCAUAAACUCCUCUAUGUUUUAACACAUAUGGCUAUUGUUUUUAUAAAAUAUCAAUAAAAGCACAGUAUGGA